UUGCAGGCCCUAAAAGAAGAGCUUUCUGCCAGGCAGGACUCUCUCAACUCCCUGCAGCACCAGCACAGAGAGCAGGGAGAGAAGUGCAGGAAGCUGCAGCGAAGGCUUGAGCAACUGGAGGAGGAAGGCAAGGCGUCCAGCAGCCAGCAGCAGCACCUGCAGUCGCUGGUAGAAGCACUCAGGAGUGACUGUGCAAACCUGGAGAAAAGCAGGGAAGAGCUACAGCACCGGCUUGAAGUGACGGAGCAAGAAGCCUCGCGUCUGCGCCAAGGCAUCGCUGAACUGCAGCUGAAGGAAGCUUCAGCCCAGGGGGAAAAGGUGGAGCAGCAACAGACGAUGGAGAGAGCACGUCGUGAGCAGGAGCUCCUACUGAAGGACUUAGCGGCGCUUGAAGGAAAACAGUCAUUCUUACAGAGUGAGUUGGUAGUGGCGCACGAGAGACUGGUGGAGGAAUCCCUUGAGAGGGAUCUGCUGAAGCAAGAGAAACAGGAGCUUGCCAUGGCCCUGGAGAAGGCAGAGCAGUCAGCAACAGAGUUGGCAGGGGCUCAGAAUAAGCUGACUGCUGAAAUGGCCGAUCUACGUGCUGCAACAGUCAACAUGAGCAGGAUCAAUGAAGCUCUUGCCCUGGAUAAAGUGCAACUGAACAAGCUUGUGCUGCAGCUGGAGCAAGAGAAUGGAGUUCUGUGUGGUCAAGUGGACAAGGUGGAGAGAGCAAGGGCCUCUGACCAGGAGAAGCUGCAGUUGUGUAAAAGGACAAGUGAAGAGCUGUGCGCAGAGAAAGCCCACCUGGAGCAGCUGCUGAAGCAAGCGGAGGAGCAGCAGGAGGGGCUGCGGGUCGAGCUGAGGACGCUGGCAGCAGAGAAGGCAGAGACCCAAGAGAAACUGAGUCAGAACAUCACAGAAAAGCGGCAGGCAGAGCUGCAGGGAACUCGGAGCCAGAUCGAGGCAGUGGAGAAGAGGCACAAGGAAGAAAUCAAGACCAUCCAUGAGGAAAUGAGUCGCCUUGUUCAGCAGCGGGAUGCUCUGCAGAAGCAGGUGGAAGAGUUGACGUCUCAGCUGGCAGCCUCCGAAGAGUCUCUAAAGAAGGAGGCUGUGACUCUACAUCAAGAGGUGGCGUCUUUGGAAAGGAAACUGGAGAGCACGGAGAAGCAAAGAAAGGACGUCCUGCAUGAGCGGGACAGACUGCAAGCACUUAAAGAAGAAUUGGUAUGGGAGACAAAACUUCUCCAGGAAUCAGUUACAGCCUCUGAAAUUCAAGCCAAUACCGCAACAGAUAUGAAUCACUCCCUCGAACAAGAACUCCAAGCGGCACUGUCUGUCUUACAAAUUAAAAAUGACGAAGUGAAAGUGCAAUGGGAGAAAAUCCAGAUGCUCCAGAAAGAGGCAGCAGAGGUGGAAGCUUUGCAAGAGACUGUCACUCACCUGACUGCCAUCCUGUCAGAGAGGGAGGGAGAAAUGAAGUCAUACCAGGAACAGAUGAGAAUGCUGGAGAAGCAGAAUGAAAUGCAUAAAACUACUCUUGAUCAGGCUUUUAAGGACAUAACAGAGAAGACAGAAUCCCAGCAAGAACGUAUACAGGAGCUGGAGAAGCAGCGAGAAAUGGAGAGGACUGCUGUGAGUGAGAUGAGCAAAGAGCUGGAAGAGAAAGACCACGAGAUCAGAUCCCAGCAAAAACUGAUAGCGGAGCUGGAGCAGCAGCAAGAAAAACAAAGGAUUGCUGUGAGCAAGGUGACCAAAGAGCUGGAAGAGAGGGACCAGGAGAUCAGAUCCCAGAAGGGGAAAAUGAUGAUUCUGGAACAACACAGUGCAUCACAAUUAAGAAAUCUGCUCAAGGAUCUUGAUUAUAUGAAAGGAAACUUGAAGGAGAAAAAUGUAGAGCUUUUGUCUCUGACUCAGCAGAUCCAAGAACUGGAGAAGGAGAGAGAAGAGGUGAAAUCUCUCCACGCGAGCCUUGGACAGCUGCGGGCAGUUCUCAAGGACAGAGAGAGUGAGUGUGAUUCCCAAAGGGAUCAGCUAAGACUCUUGCAGCAGUACAAGGAACAGCAGGAGGGGCACCUGCAAGAGCUUUGUGGUAAAGUAGAAAAGAUGACGCUGUGUUUGUCUAAAAAAGAGCAAGAGCUUGAAUCACAACAAAAGCAAAUCCAGGAAGCUGAAGCAGUCAUGGAAGUGCAAUUAAGGACUGUCCGUGAUGAGCUGGAGCAGACCUUAGAAACCUUAAAAGAAAAGGACAGGCUCCUAGAGAUCCAAAAGCAACAAGCAAGGAGCUAUGAGGAAAAAACAGAAGAACGGCUGAAUGUCUUAUGUAGAGACUUAGAAUACACCAAGGCAAUAGUGCAAGAAAAGGAUUUUGUGAUUGAGACCUUCCAAAACCAAGAACAAGACUCUGAACAGCAGAAAGAAGUUCUGCAGCAUCUUCAAGUGGCACUAAAGGAAAAAGAGCAAGAAAUUUCAUCCCUUAGAAGGCAACUUGAGGCAUGCAAGGAAAAGGAGGAAAAGCAUGAAGCCGAGCAAACAGAUCUUCAAGCAACAAAAGUGACUCUGAAAGAAAGAGACAAAAAGAUAGAGGUUCUAGAGGAGGCUAUCGCCAAGCUUCAGCAGCAAAAGGAGGAGGCAGCGCUGCAGACUAAAGCCAUACUGCAAAAACUAGACUAUGCCGAAUCUUCUCUAGAGGCUAGAGAUGAAGAGAUAGUGUCUUUGCAAGAGCAGAAGGAGCUAGAAGGCAAGCAGGCCACGAGUCUACAGCAGGAUCUAGACAAAAUGAGCCAACUAGUGAAGAAGAACCGUUUGGAGUUCCACAGGCAGGCAGAGCAAAUGAGCAUGUUGCAGCUUCGUGAAGAAAGCAUGAAAGUAGCACUGACAUCAUGCCAGAAGGAAGUGAAUCUCCUUGAGGAAGCGGUGAGGAAGAGAGAUGAAGACAAUGAAACCAUUAUGCAAAAACUCCAGCACCAGGAAGAAGAACUGAAGGCCUUGCAGAAUCUCCAGCUUAGGCUAACCGAGCAGAAUAAAGAGGCUAGACACCACAGAGAGCAAGAGAAGCCCCCGGAAGAGGCCUUGCCUGAGGGGGAACGAGAGCCCAAUGCUCAAGGUAAGCAAAAAGAGGUAGCAGAGGAAAUAAGAGCACUUCAGGAAAAUCUCAGGCACGUUCAGCAGACUCUGACAAAGAAGGAUGAAGAGGUCAAGUGCCAGAGAGCCAGAGUCAGCUAUUUAGAGGAGACUCUGAGAGGCAGAGAACAAGAGCUUAGGAGGCAGAGUGAACUCCUGAGACAAUUAACCUCAGCUUUGCAAUGGAAAGGUGAAGGGGAGACCCUACAGAAACAAAUCCAGCAACUGCGAAGAUGGGAGGAAGAGGAAGCAGAGAAGAGGAGCAUUCUCCAGGAGAGAGACCGUGCCUUGCGAAGGCAGAAGGAGCUAACGCAACAGCUGGAAGAUGAGAGGAGAGCAAAGGGGGAAGAAUUGGAGCGUGUGGUUGCUAUUUUGAAGCAGACCGAAAGCAGAGAAAUUGAAUGGAAAGAGAAGGCGCAAGCACUGACUCUUGCCCUUUCCAAGAGCGAAAUGGCCAACGGGGCUCUGAGGGAAGAAAUAGGCAUCCUGCAGAGUAUGGUUUCGGAGAGGGACACGGACCGGUUGCAUCUUCAGGUAGGCACUGUGAUUGACCGUCAGCCAGCUAAAAGGGCUAUAAGGGAUUCUAAAGACGCUGCCCAUAAAGAUAUGGGAGUGUAUAGUCCCGCAAGCUUAGCCAACGUGUGGUGGCUGGGAUUUGGCAUGGCGAGGAGAGGGCGCAUUUGGCCAGUGAAACGCACUAAACUUAGUGGAAUUGUGGUGGUCUGGAGGAGGGCCCCGAGGAGGCUGGGACGUGAGAAGACGGAGCUGCAGCAACUCAACGCUGAGCUGAGGAGGACUCUUGAGCAGGUGGAACGUGAACGGAGGAGACUGAAGAGAGCUUGUAGAGGUCGGUCGCUGCCGGAUGCGCGCGGAUCUCCUCCCUCCGAGUCUGACCGGCACAAGACUCCUUGGCCGGAGGAGUCUCACGCCCGCUGCAGCCAUCGAUUAGCCGAGUUACAGAACCAGGUGUCCCUUCUGCAGACACAGCUGGCAGGAGAACGAAAAUCCAAGCAGGACUAUAUUGAGUGCUGCACAAAGACCACCCAGGAGCUGUCAGAGCUUCACCAAGAGCUGUCUUGCUCCUUAGCAGCCGUGGUCAGGGAGCCCAAAGCUGCUGUUCUGGAGGCAGAGACGGGGAAGCUGAGUCAGUCUCUGAGCCUUCCUUUGCCGGAGGGGAAGAGCUGCAGCGCUGUGUCCCUUCUGCAGACACAGCUGGCAGGAGAACGAAAAUCCAAGCAGGACUAUAUUGAGUGCUGCUCAAAGACCAGCCAGGAGCUGUCAGAGCUUCACCAAGAGCUGUCUUGCUCCUUAGCAGCCGUGGUCAGGGAGCCCAAAGCUGCUGUUCUGGAGGCAGAGACGUGGAAGCUGAGCCAGUCUCUGAGCCUUCCUUUGCCGUAGGGGAAGAGCUGCAGCGCUGUGGGGUUCCUGUGUUGCGCCCUUCCCCGAAAUGUGUUAUGUUGUGCUGUGGGAAAUGGGGGUGCAUUUCUUCUGUUGGCACUGAGAGCAAGGGCCUCUGACCAGGAGAAGCUGGAGCUGUGUAAAAGAACAAGAGCUGUGUGCAGAGAAAGCCCACCUGGACCAGUUACUGAAGCAAGCAGAGGAGCAACAGGAUAUCGUUGCCAGAUUUCUGCUCAGAGCCUGUGCAGUGUCGUGGAGAAAUAAGUGCAUGGAAAAAAUAAAAGCGGAGAGAGUCUUGGUAUGCAGUGCAGGAACUGGCAGGAAGAACCUACUGGGGAGGGCUGUACGGAGACUGAGGAGGCACACUGUGAUGGAGGGCUUUGGACAAGGAAGAUGUUUUAGUGGCUCAUCAGGUUCAUCCUGCUUUUCCAGGCCUGCCACUGACCCCAUCCACAGAAGCCAGCACCAAUUUUAUCCCACCGCUGCUUCUGCUGGGGAGCCUGCAGUGAACACUCUGCUCAGAACUUUUGUCAUGCGUCAGGACUCGUGCCUUGAGCCAAGCCCCUGCCACAGUUCACCUGCUACAGCAGGUCCCCAACUUGGCUCCUGCUCAGCCUUUGCUGUGCACUGGUCCUGUUCCCUCAGGUCAUCGCUCCUGCUGGAUCUGGCUGUUGCCUGCAGCGGCUGUCUCUCUGGAGGCUGAUGGCCCAGCAAGACUAGUGCCAGGUUCAGUGCCAGAGCUUGUAGUACUGGAGCAGGGAAGGAAGGAAGGAAAAACCACACUCCCCUGCUCCACCUCCCAUCCCAGUACAUGAGCUACAGAGGCUGAAGCGAUAGUGGUUCUAACCUGUGCAGGGGGCAUCGAUGCACACAGAAGACAAUUCCCAGCCCAGGGUGCAGGUAAAUACUUGCGUGCCCUUUCUCCCUGUCUCCCAUAUUGCCCAGGGAGUUGUGUCAAUAGGGGAGCGUAACCUGCAAAUAAAUCUUAAUCAUGUACAAGGCUUGGUUUGUGCUGGAUCUGGUUGUUUAGGUAAACCAGGAAGGCUCGGACCCACAUUAGAUGACUCAAACCAGUCAGGAUGGUGUAGGAAACCGAAAGUCUGUAACUACCUUGCCUUUGAUUAUGGCUUCCU